AUGCGCGAAAGGCGAGCUACAGCUACCAAGAUACGGCCGGGCACAGCUGCCAUGUCUGACAGCGACAUGUUCAAAUUACCUGCCGCUGGAAAGCCUUUAGCCCGAGACUGGGAAACACACUUCAGUAGCGAGAGCAACCGUCCGCCAUGCGUCCUCAAACAAGCCGCCGGGUACAUCAAGACACCCGGUCUGAUCUCCCUUGGCGGUGGUCUACCCUCGAGCGAAUACUUUCCCAUCUCCGAGAUCGCCAUGCGUGUACCUACGGCGCCAAACUUCUCUGAGAAGCAGCAUCUACUGGACUCGCCUGCCAACGGCGCCCAGACAGCUCGCAUUGGUAAAUACGAUACCAGGGACGGUACCUCGGACUACGACAUAUCUAUUGCCUUCAACUACGGCCAGGCAACCGGGUCCCCACAGAUGAUGCGCUGGAUCACAGAACACGUUGACCUUGUCUACAACCCGCCUUAUGCCGACUGGGCAGUUUGCCAGACCGUCGGAAGCACAGGAGCCCUGGAGCAGACCGUCCGUAUGCUCUGCGACCGGUUCAGGAACGAUUCUAUCCUCACCGAGGACUACACUUUUGCGACGGCGAUGGAGACCUUUAUUCCACAGGGCAUCAAGGCCUUUGGUAUCAACAUGGACGAGCAAGGACUACUGCCCAGUCACAUGGAUUACGUUCUGGAGACAUGGGAUGAAGCGGCUCGAGGCGCUCGAAAGCCGCAUCUUCUUUAUACCGUGCCAUCGGGACAGAACCCUACUGGCGCGACGCAGAGCCUCGAGCGGCGACGUGAGAUCUACAGAGUUUGCCAAAAACACAACAUCUUUAUCAUCGAAGACGAGCCUUACUACUUCAUCCAAAUGAAGCCCUACACAGGAAGAGGGACUGACGUUGUGGUAAAUGAGACUGUCGAUGAGUUCCUGACUAGUCUUGUCCCCUCAUAUCUCAGCAUGGACGUUGAUGGCCGAGUCCUUCGAAUGGACUCCUUCUCCAAGGUCCUAGUCCCCGGUUCGAGAAUGGGAUGGAUAACUGCUAGCAAGCAGGUCAUCCAGAGGUAUCUCUGUCAUGCUGAAGUUGCAAACCAGGGACCUAGCGGUAUAUCACAGCUAAUCAUCUGGAAACUGGUGGAUGAGACAUGGGGUCAUGAGGGUUAUCUCAAGUGGCUCAUUGAUCUGAGGACGAACUAUACCAGAAGACGCAAUGCCUUACUUGCAGCUUGCGAGGACUACCUGCCCACGGAUAUCGCAUCUUGGGUCCCUCCAGCUGCAGGCAUGUUUCUAUGGGUGAAACUUGAUCAUACAAAACACCCAGAUUACCUGCGCCGAAGUCUGGAUGAGAUUGAAGGGGAAAUCUUCCAGCACAGCAUUGAUCAGGGAGUUCUCUUUGCUCGUGGCUCGUGGUUCCGAGCCGAGCCGCAGAAGGAACUGAAUGAGUUGUUUCUACGUGUCACGUUUGCGAGCGCGGCUGAGGAGGAUAUGUGUACGGCAGUUCAGCGCCUCAGCGCGGCGAUCAAGAAAUCUUUUCGGAUAGAACCAUAG